UUAGAAUUGUAGCACAGCAUUGCAUUCUUUUCGCCCGUACAGAACGCAUCUCUGCGCGUGAAAAAAAGAGAGAGACACGUCAGUCAAAGCAUGCCGGUUGCAUAACAAGAGUUCGUUCCUCAACAAGAUCCAUCUGGGAGAGAAUCCUCCUUCAAAAGCGGCAUCACAAUGUCGUCCUCGUUGCCCGGCAGCCGGGAAAUGCCCGCUUCAAGAUAUGAUUUGAGCACGUAUUGGGGCCGCGUCAAGCAUUCUGCCGACAUCUCCGAUCCGAGGACAUUGUUUACAUCAAACGCGAGUCUCGAGAAUGCAAAAAAUCUUAUCACACGAUACAAGGAGGGAACAAUUCCGACCAUGUCCCCUGAGCUAUGGCAGGCAAAGAAGAUCGUCGAUUCUACGUUGCAUCCUGAUACCGGUCUGCCUGUGUUCCUCCCGUUCCGCAUGUCUUCAUUCGUUCUCUCCAAUUUGGUCGUGACGGCAGGCAUGCUUACGCCCAACCUCACGACCUUCGGCACCAUUGGCUGGCAGAUUGCCAAUCAGUCACUUAACGUUGCGAUCAACUUUUCCAACGCGAACAAGUCGACGCCGAUGGCCACCUCCUCCAUCAUCCAAUCCUACUUCCUUGCGGUUGGUGCUAGCUGUGGUGUCGCUGUGGGUCUCAAUUCCCUAGUUCCGCGUCUACGGGGCCUCAGCCCGAGCACUCGUACACUGCUCGGCCGCUUGGUCCCCUUCGCCGCAGUCGCUAGUGCCGGUGCUUUGAACGUUUUUCUCAUGCGCGGCGAGGAGAUCCGACAGGGAAUCUACGUCUACCCGGCGGAGUCCGAAACCGCUCGUUUGAAGCGGGAAGCUGCAGGUCUUCCUCUCGAGCCUCUCGGUAAGAGCAAAAAGGCAGCAACGAUUGCAGUGGCGGAGACAGCAGUCUCCCGAGUGCUCAACUCCAGCCCGAUCAUGGUCAUCCCGCCGUUGGUGUUGGUGCAAUUGCAGCAGACGGAAUGGCUCCAAGCGCGACCACGUCUGGUACUGCCGAUCAACCUUGGUCUCAUCUUGACUACGAGUCUGUUCGCAUUGCCGUUAGCUUUGGCGGCAUUCCCUCAGAGACAGGCUGUGCGCGCAACGAGCUUGGAAAAGGAAUUUUGGGAGGUCGGCGGCGAGGGCGGCAUGGUCGAAUUUAAUCGCGGCAUUUGAGAGCUGUACAGAGGGGAGCGGUCGAUACCGAAGUUCAUUGGCCAUCACAGAUAUGUGGACAAAUGCAUCUUCAGAAAUAGAUCCGUAAAUGUAGAAAUUUCACGAUCCGGCUCAGACGGGUCGUUGGCGUUGUAUUUCCGCGAUCUGGAUUGGAUUGGCGAAGCACUCAUAGCAUUGUGUUUGUUAUUGAGGAGAAAUACGAUUCUCAUGAUGGCCUUGCAUAGAUGGGAAUAGUAUCAUCACCCGAGA